UUUAAAUAUUUUUAAUUAUUUUUCAAAUAUGUUUUUGUAAUGAUUAACUUUCGGAGUUCUCAAAUUUCGAAAAUCAAAAAUGUUCCUAGGUUUUUUAACAUCGAUUCUCGAUGCAUUUAUCGCAGAGUUUCAUACUUCACAACCUUCCAUUCAUACGACAAGUAUGAAUUAAGAGAACGCAUGAAAAGGCCUUUCUACAGAGAAAAUGAUCGAGUGGAACAGAUAUCACUUUACGCAAAUAAAUUAGCACGAAAUUUAAAUUUUAACAGAUCGGAAUGGGAUUCAAUACUAUUAAAAUCAAAGGAAAGGCAUUUGGAAUUUAAGCCAAUGGACAUAGCAUUACUACUAAAUGGCCUUUCAAGGGCCAGAAUAUAUGAUAAAGAGUUGUUUGAACUUUUGAUUCCUCAAAUAAUAAAGAAAGUCUCUUUUUUUACAUCGGUGUAUCUUUCGAUGGUUUUAUCAGCAUACUCAAAAGGGAAAAUGCUAACACCAGACCUUUAUAACAUUUUAAAAUUUGAAAUCUCGACAAGGCUAUACGAAUUUAGGACCUCAAUUGAAAUGUGUAUGAUACUAAACGCAAUAUCAAAGUCUGGAGAUACUGACAAGAUAUUUUUAUCUAAAAUUUCUAACCAUAUACUAAAGUUUUUUCGGUAUUUCAACUUCACUCCGCAGGAACUAAGUGUAAUUAUAAACGCAUUUGUAACCCUUGGAUACUACAACGAACAGCUCUUCAACACCUUUUCAAGUAGUUUAGUAAAUAAUUUAAACUCGUGUAAUAUAUUUGAGUUGUUGAGAGUGCUGAAUGGGUUCAUGAUAUUUGAGAAUAAUUUUAAUGAUAUUCAGAAUGAAUGCAGAGAUGAAAUAGUUUCAAGAGUUAGAUUUUCAUCUCCAAGUGAUCUCACUAAUUCACUUUAUGCCCUUGGGAGCAUAAAAUCUACUCUAAUUAACUCAAACAUAUCAUUGAACCAUGAAAUCAUAGAUGAAAUAGUUCAGUCAAUAAAGGGUCGAUCUCUAACCACCUUACAGUGUUUUAAAAUGGAAUUUGUUUCGAACCUAUUGGUGUCAUUCUCAAAAUGGUCAUUUGAACUUGGACAGCAAGAACUCUUAAAGAUAAUUGAACAUAUGGUGACAAUUAGGAUGGAUUUAAACCUCAUAGAUUUAAGUAAUACACUCGUUGCAAUAACCAAAUUAUUCUGUGUUUCAAAUGGGUUAAAUGAUUUUAAUGAAAUAAAGAGUGUUGGUGAAAACAACCUUAUACUCAUAGUUAUACAAAAACUAAUGAGAAAAUGGUCAAAAGAUGUUAUUGGACUGCUGGAACAGGAAAAGACUGAGUUGAAUACGAUUAUUAAGAUCCUAGAUUGUUACAAUAAAUUCGGUGUAUAUGAAGAAAUUUUGUAUUCAAAAAUUAAGAGUAUUAUAGCUUUAAAUCACCUAGAAGAAUUAAAUAAGAACAACGCAUACACUCUGUAUGAAAUAUUCAAUAAACAUAAAGAAUACACAAAGUAUGACGAUUUCAUGGAAAUAUUAACCCAACUAAUAUCGUAA